AUGUCUACCGCGGCCGCGGCGGCGCUGCGCAGAUCCGGCACCAACAGCCUCUCCGCCCUCCUGCGCGCCGAUGCCGAGGACGACGACCCGCCGCCCGGUCCCGCUGCUGAUUCUCCCGACGCCACCAAGCGGCGCGGCGCACGAGCGCGCGGGAGGACGAGGCGGAGCUACCUCCGCCUGCCCCUCGCCGGCGCCGGCGGCUGCCGCGUCUGCGCCUGCGACGAGGCCGACCCCGCCCCGCCGCGCCGCCGCCUUCCGGUCGACGGCGAAGACGAGGCUGUUCCGGAUGACGCGGAGGAUGUCCCCGACGCGCUCCAGUGCUUCUCCUGGAAGAAGGCGCCCGCCGUCCCCGUCACCCGCCGCGGCCGCGCACUAGCGCCUGCAGAUUCGGUGGUGAAAUCGGAGGAGUCGGCCGCAGCGGCGACCACCCUGGCGGCGCUCCCGGACGACCUGCUGGAGAUGGUCCUAACCCGGCUCCCGCUCUCCGCCCUCCUAUCCGCGCGCUGCGCGUGCCGGCGCUGGAGGGACCUCACCGUCGCCCCGCAGCUCCUGCGCCUGCGCCGCGAGGCGCCCAGCAGCACGACCCCCUGGCUCUUCCUCUUCAGCGUCGACGCUGACGCCGGCUGGGGCGCCGCGGGCACGGCCGCCGUGCACGCGCUGGACGUGGCCGCGCAGCGGUGGCGCCGGGUCGGGGCGGCCGCGCUCGCGGGCAGGUCCCUCUUCUCCGUCGCCGCCGUCGGCCACGAGCUCUACCUCGUCGGCGGACGCUCCGGGGCUGCGUCUGCGAGCGGCGGGUCCGCCAAGACGAAUAGGACGCACAAGGGCGUCAUCGUGUACAGCCCGCUCACGGGCGCGUGGCGCAAGGCCGCCCCGAUGCGGGCGGCGCGGUCCCGGCCCGUGCUGGGGGUGUUCGAGAUGUCCGCCAGCCGCAGCGCCGCCCACGCCAAAGCUGAGAAGCACGUCCGCCGGGCUAAUUCUAACGGUGGCAAGUUCCGGCUCGGCGGCACCUCCGCCGUGUACGAGGACCCGCACCGGCUGUCCCUCCGGCGGCUCCGCCUCCGCGACGUCCUGACCGACACCACCGAUUCCGCCACCGCCGCCCCAUCUGCUCACGGCCACGGCAAGGGUGUCGCCAAGCCAGCCCAGCCGAGGCAGGCGCUCAUCGCCGUGGGCGGGCGCGGCCCGUGGGACGAGCCGCUAGUCUCCGGCGAGAUCUACGACCCCUUAACCGACAAGUGGGUGGAGAUCGCGGGGUUCCCCACGGACGUCGGCCUGGCCUGCUCGGGCGCGGUCUGCGGCGACGCCUUCUACGUCUACUGCGAGUCGGACACGCUCGUGGCCUACCACCUGGACGCCGGCGCGUGGUCCGUCGUCCAGACCUCCUCCCGCGCGCCGCCGCGGCUCCGCGACUACGCGCCGGCGCUGCUCUGCUGCGCGUCGCGGCUCUUCAUGCUCUGCGUCUCCUGGUGCGACCCCGCGGGCCGCCGGGACAAGGUGGUGCGCAAGGUGUUCGAGCUGGUCGACAUCGGCCGCUCCUCGUCGGUGCCGAAGUGGGUCGAGGCGUCGUCGCACCCGGACGCGCCCAUGGACCCCAACGCGGCCUUCGCCGCCGGCCACGGCAGGAUCUACGCCGUGGAGAUGUUCAGGAUCUUCGGCAAGGUGCUCGACUUCGCGACGUCGUGCGGUGUCUCGGCCGCUGACGCCGCCGAGCAGGAGCAGAGCUGGAGCCGCGUCGCCCGGAACAACGCCGCCGCCGAGGCCGACGCCAUGUCCUGCCGCCUGAAGUCCAUGGCCGUUCUGCACCUCUGAUGAUUGGCGUCGUAUCUCUUCUCUGCUGUUUUACCUACAUACACUGAUCUGUUUUUUUGUUUCCAUGAGCUGACUGACAUGCAGCUCGGUACAGUCAUUCCAUUGCGUGCAGCCAUUGCUGCGACUCUGAGUUUGUUCAACUUGGUUUAUAAUACAAGAAAGAUGCUUACACCAUUUUACUA